AUGAAAUAUAAUGUUUUUUUCUUGAUUCUCAUUAGUUUAAAUUCAAUCAACGAUAAUCAGAACAAAAGAAAUUUUAAAAAAUUAGUCAUGAAGACAAAAUUAACAUAUCUUAUANAUAUAGAUUGAAAAAUGAUACUGAUCCAAAUACAUAUAAGGCUUUAAAUCCACCAGAAUUGUGUGGAUCUGCUGGUGGAUACAGUAUUAGGAAUAAUUUGAAUUCUUAUAUAAAAACUGAUGUUUGGUAGAUUGGAAUUGUGAUUUUAUCAAUGGCAUCACUUACUUUACCAAUUAAUUUAAUAUUGAUUGAAGAUAUUGAAAAUAAAAUUAAAUUAGUACAAUAAAAAUAUGGGUAUAAAUUUUAUAAAAUUAGGGAAAAAUUAGCAUUUUUAUUAAAAAAUAUGCUGCAGCGAAAUUAAAAUGAUAGGUUUACUAUUAAUGAUAUAAUUUUACCUGCUUAGUAAUUAAUGCCUAUGAAUCUAGUAUAAUUUAAAUCUGGGAGAUCAAUUGAACGAAUAUAAGUAUGAAUUAAUUUUAAUUUAUAAGAUUUCAUCCAUAUCCCAAUAGUAAUUAGAAGACUUGGAUAAAUAAUUCAAGGAGAAAUCUUCAGACAAAAAAUAUAUUGUAAAUUUGAAUAUUGAUAGAAAUAUUGCACAUUAAAUGUUUCUAUUUAAUUUGGAAAGAAUUAAAAGAGAAUUUGUCAUACAAUUGCAUAUUAACGUAUCUCCUUAAACUAUACCAGAUGAUUUAAUUGGCAAAAUGAUGUCAAGUUUAGUUGAAUUCUAAAACUUAUAAUUAUUAGUACUAAAUCUUAAAAAAUGUAUCUUAACUGAUUAAGCAUAAAAGAAUAUAAUUAAUUCUGCUUAAUAAAUUAUAAAACUUAAAUAACUUACCUUGGAUAUUAGCGGUAAUUUAACCAUUGAAAUUCCUUAAUCAAAAAUUAGAAUGGUUGUUUAUAACCAAUGA